AUGUUCUCGCAAGAGCUGCUCAUCUCCACAACACUCGUUCUGCUUCUUCCCAUAUACUACUUGUGCCUGAGGGCUGGCUGUAGAUCAAAUAACCCAGCGGUGAUCCCAACAACUGGCCAAUACUGCACAUGUUCCCUUCCUUCGUGGCCAACCUCCACAACUUGCAGGAUUAUUUCACCCUUGUCCUCGCUGGAUCAGGUCACAACUUCAGGGCGCACGGCCCUCCUGGAACCGGAAUGCAGUUCUUCGUCACAUGCGACCCUGCCAACAUCCGGCACAUCUUCACGACCAACUACACCAACUUUCCCAAGGGUGCGGAGUUCGCCGCGAUCUUCGACAUCAUGGGUGGCAGCAUCUUCACCAUCGACGGUGAGCCAGCCCGUCGACAGCGUGCGAAAAUCAAGGGCGUACUCAGCAGCCAGCGGUUGCUUGCAAGGAUGGAGGCUUGCUGCCGCGACAAGGUUUAUGUUUGACAUGGCUGCUACUCCUCUCUUCGAUGUGGACCCUGGUCUCCUAUCUUGGGACAUGCCGCCCAUGGACGCUGCCGUUGCCAUGGACACGGUCAUGGAGGUGGCCUUAUUCCGAGUCAUGAUGCCAGCUUCUUGUUGGAGGUUGAUCAGGUGGCUAAACAUGGACCCUGAGAGGAAGCUCAAGGCAGCACACACGGUGCUAUGUGCCUUCGUCAUGGAGAUGAUGGAUAGGAGGAAGGUCAACACAUGUCGUGUUGGCAAUGACGAGGAACAAGAAGGUAUAGAUAUUUUUUCUUCCUUCCUCAACGACCCCGAUUAUGACGAUGAUGACUUGCUCCGUGCGAUGAUCAUUAGCUACAUGCUCGCUGCCAGGGACACAGUUGGAGCAACAUUGACAUGGAUUUUCUACAACCUUGCCCAACACCCUAAAAUUGUGUCAAUCAUCCGCAAAGAACUCUCACCCAUUGCAUCACGUAAAGUAGCGGCCGGUGUGGAUUCCAUGGUGAUCUUCGAGCCGAAUGAGACCAAAUCUCUGGUCUAUCUAAGAGCCGUCUUGUACGAGACUCUCAGGUUGUACCCAGCGGCGCCUCUUGAGCGCAAGGUAGUCGCCGCUGAUGAUAUCAUGCCGAGUGGCCAUGAGGUGCACACCGGCGACACCAUCUUUAUUUCUCUCCAUUCCAUGGGGAGAAUGCAGGGCAUAUGGGGUAAAGAUUGCCUGAACUACAAUCCAGAUAGGUGGUUCUCGGAGGAUGGCAACAAGCUAAGGUACAUACCAUCUCACAAGUUCUUGGCCUUCAACUCGGGCCCGAGGAUGUGCCUCGGGAAGGACAUCGCGGUUAUGCAGAUGAAGACAGUCAUCGCCUCAACAUUGUGGAACUUCGAUGUGGAGGUGAUGGAAGGGCAAAGCAUCCAGCCUAAGCCGUCUUGUAUACUGGAGAUGAAAAAUGGGCUUAUGGUUAAGCUGAAAAAGCGAGAAAUGUAA